AUGCCACUUACUACAAAGAAACUCUGUGGUGAUCGGGAUCAUCAAGUUAUCUCCCCUGUGGACUAUGUGCGAGAGCUUGCAGCCAACAACAAGCUGGAGAACCUGACUGGUGGUGAGCCUCUGAAGAGCACACUCCGAGACUUUUGGGAGCGAUUUCAAUAUUUGAGACCAGAUCACCCGGCACUGGCACACGGGGUUGAGGCCUGCGCCUGCAGUGUCCCGAUCCUGCUCUUCGGAGAUGAAGGCCGGGCCUUGAAGAAGCAAGCAGCUAUGGUGCUGGGCUGGGAGCCUAUGUUGGGCUUUGGGUGCAUGACACAUUGCACAGAUGACCCUGAAUCGCAUCAUGGCCACAAGCUCAACUUCGAUGGCUCCACAUACAAGACUCGGAUGCUGUACACCAUUAUGCACAAGAAGACCUAUGGAUCCAAGAAGUCCGGCAAUAAAUACUUGAUGUCACUUGUUGAUUGCUGGGCGUCGGACCAUGCAGAGGCCAUGCAGGGCGUGGUCGUACAGCACGGGCCAGAGACUAUCCGGGUCCACUUGAUUCCAGUUGGAAUCAAGUGCGAUUGGCCGGCAUUAGUCAAACUCGGCCAGAUCAAGAGAUCUUUCUAUUGCGAUGCCGUGCCGCAUGGGAAGGGUAUCUGCCACCUUUGCAUGGCGAAUACAGCCGCUUGCCCAGACUACAGUGGCGAUGGCUGGAAGGAGACCAUGCAGCACAGCGAGGCUUUCACAGCCCCCUGGGAUGCUGUGCCUGCAUUGGUUUCUCAGCUGUGCCCUGGUCUGGAUGAGUGGCAGCAAGCAGCGUUUUAUCGCCUGGAUCUCUUUCAUAUCUGCCACAAGGGAGUGAUGGCAGAGCUGGCAGGGUCUGGCCUGGUGACCCUCUUGCACAUGCGGCUUUACCCAGCUCGUGGGUCCUUUGAAGAUCGGCUGGGACUGGUGUAUGAGGACCUCAAGAGCUUCGCGAAGUCGGAGAAGCUGACACUGCACAUGAGCGGCCUCACCCGCACACUGGUGCGUUUUCCAGAGAACGAUACCUAUCCCUCUGGGUAUCUUGGUGCAUGGCUAAAACAUGGUCAACAGUUCAGCUCCUGCAUGACAUGGUUCAAGGGCGCCGACACGACAGUGGUGCUGAAAUUCCUGGCUUCGUUCCUGCAAGCGAACCUGGGGCCAGACUCCGAUGACUACCUGAAGUGCCUGCUCCAGUGCUGCCAAGCUGGGAACAAGUUCUUGUCCAUUUUAUAUCAUAACGAGCUGUGGCUUCCGAGUGCUGCUGCCAGGAAGGUGGUGAAGCAUGGCAACAUGUUUGUUUAUACAUACAAGCGGCUGGCAAGCAUGGCCUAUGCCCGUGCCAUGACGAGAUAUCUUUUGAUUCCGAAGCACCACCUCUUCAAGCAUAUCGUGCUGACGCUGGAGGAGCAACUGAAGCAGAAAGGUCCAAUCCUCAACCCGCUCUGCGAUUCAUGUCAGAUGUGCGAAGAUUUCAUCAACAAAAUCUCGACGUUGGGCCGCUCCGUGUCGCAACAGAAGUUUUGCGAAGCGACGCUGCUGCAGUACAUGCUGUGUGUACAGAGAAACUGGUGA